GCCCCCCUUCUCCCCAACUAGCCCUGCCGCAAGCUCCGAGCGCGAUCUGCAACAAUGUUUACGUUCCGGGGAUUAUGACGUCGACGCCUCCCCCCCCACAACUGCUGAAAAUGGUUUCCUAGGACUUUGCAAACGGAUCUGCUUAAGUGUUGGUGCAAAACUUUGUAGAUAUCGGCUCUGGCUUGCUCUAUUUAUUUAUUUUUUGGUUUCUUUUCUUUAGUCUUCCCUCCUUUCCCCCUCCGCCAAAAUGCAGGGGGCAGGAGUGUUGACAAUUAAUUGGUGAACUCUCCUAAAAAAAUGGAGGCAGAGAAAGACUCUGGAAGAAGAUUGCGUGCGAUUGACCGCCAGAGAUACGACGAAAACGAGGACUUGUCGGACGUGGAGGAAAUCGUCAGCGUCCGUGGCUUCAGCCUGGAGGAGAAGCUACAUAGCCAGCUGUACCAGGGGGACUUCGUGCAUGCCAUGGAGGGCAAAGAUUUUAACUAUGAGUACGUACAGAGAGAAGCUCUCAGGGUUCCCCUGGUUUUUCGAGACAAGGAUGGACUAGGAAUCAAGAUGCCAGACCCUGAUUUCACAGUCAGAGACGUCAAACUCCUUGUGGGGAGUCGCCGACUGGUGGACGUGGUGGACGUGAACACCCAGAAGGGCACUGAGAUGAGCAUGUCCCAGUUUGUGCGUUACUACGAGACCCCAGAGGCACAGCGGGACAAACUCUACAACGUCAUCAGCCUUGAGUUCAGCCACACGAAGCUGGAGCACCUGGUCAAGCGCCCCACUGUGGUGGACCUGGUGGACUGGGUGGACAACAUGUGGCCCCAGCACCUUAAGGAAAAGCAGACGGAAGCCACAAACGCCCUUGUAGAGAUGAAGUACCCCAAAGUGAAGAAGUACUGUCUGAUGAGUGUGAAGGGUUGUUUCACUGACUUCCACAUUGACUUUGGAGGUACCUCUGUGUGGUACCAUGUUUUCCGUGGUGGGAAGAUCUUCUGGCUGAUCCCUCCAACCCUGCACAACUUGGCACUGUAUGAGGAGUGGGUGCUGUCAGGCAAACAAAGUGACAUCUUUCUGGGAGAUCGCGUGGAACGAUGCCAAAGAAUUGAGCUGAAACAAGGCUACACAUUUUUCAUCCCUUCUGGUUGGAUCCAUGCGGUAUACACCCCUGUGGACUCUCUGGUGUUCGGCGGGAACAUCCUGCACAGCUUCAACGUGCCCAUGCAGCUGCGGAUCUACGAGAUUGAGGACAGAACCCGGGUUCAGCCCAAGUUCCGUUACCCCUUCUACUAUGAAAUGUGCUGGUAUGUCUUGGAGAGAUAUGUGUACUGUGUGACCCAGCGCUCCUACCUCACUCAGGAAUACCAGAGAGAAUCAAUGCUUAUUGAUGCCCCAAGGAAAGGCAGUGUAGACGACUUCUCAUCUGAUUCCUGGUUGGACAUGGAGGAGGAGUCCUGUGAGCAACAGCCCCAGGAGGAAGAGGAAAAGGAGGAGGAGGAAGAGGAGGAAAGGGACGGUGCAGAUAAAACACCCAAGCCACCCUCCGAUGGCCCCACCUCACCUACCAGCACCCCCUCAGAGGAACAGGAGCACACAGGGAAGAAGCCCAAAGCCCCAGCCAUGCGAUUCCUCAAGAGGACUUUGUCCAAUGAGUCCGAGGAAAGUGUCAAGUCCACAACGAUGCCCAUAGACUACCCCAAGACUCCCACAGGCUCCCCUUCCACCGAGCUCUCUACCAAGUGGACCCACCUUACCGAAUUUGAACUGAAGGGCCUAAAAGCCUUGGUCGAAAAACUAGAGUCGCUUCCGGAGAAUAAGAAGUGUGUCCCUGAGGGCAUCGAGGACCCCCAGGCCCUCCUGGAAGGUGUAAAGAACGUACUGAAGGAACAUGUGGAUGAUGACCCCAGCCUGGCCAUCACUGGGGUCCCUGUGGUCAGCUGGCCAAAGAAGACUCCAAAGAACCGGGUGGUGGGUCGGCCUAAAGGCAAGUUGGGCCCAGCCUCAGCGGUGAAGUUGGCUGCCAACCGAACAACAGCAGGAGCUCGCAGGCGCCGGACGCGAUGCCGCAAGUGCGAGGCCUGCCUGCGGACGGAGUGCGGAGAGUGUCACUUUUGCAAGGACAUGAAGAAAUUCGGAGGCCCCGGGCGCAUGAAGCAGAGCUGCAUCAUGCGGCAGUGCAUCGCGCCAGUGCUGCCCCACACUGCUGUGUGCCUUGUGUGUGGCGAGGCAGGGAAGGAGGACACAGUGGAAGAGGAAGAAGGCAAGUUUAACCUCAUGCUUAUGGAGUGCUCCAUCUGCAAUGAGAUCAUCCACCCUGGAUGCCUUAAGAUUAAGGAGUCAGAGGGUGUGGUCAACGAUGAGCUUCCCAAUUGCUGGGAGUGUCCGAAGUGUAAUCACGCUGGCAAGACCGGGAAAGCCUACAACAAGCAAAAGCGUGGCCCUGGCUUUAAGUAUGCCUCCAACCUGCCUGGCUCCUUGCUCAAGGAGCAGAAGAUGAACCGGGACAACAAGGAAGGGCAGGAGCCUGCCAAGCGGAGGAGUGAGUGUGAAGAGGCUCCCCGACGCAGAUCAGAUGAGCACCCUAAAAAGGUGCCUGCAGAUAGCAUCCUACGCCGAAAGUCUGAUGAUGUGCACCUAAGAAGGAAACGGAAAUAUGAGAAGCCCCAAGAGCUGAGUGGACGCAAGCGAGCCUCGACGCUUCAAACGUCCCCCGGUUCUUCCUCUCACCUCUCGCCGAGGCCCCCUCUAGGCAGCAGUCUCAGCCCUUGGUGGAGAUCCAGUCUCACUUACUUCCAGCAGCAGCGGCGGUCCUGGAAGAACGCUGAGGAUCGGUUGGCACUGGCCAACAAACCCCUUCGGCGCUUCAAGCAGGAACCAGAGGACGAUCUGCCUGAGGCACCUCCUAAGGCCCGGGAGAGUGACCAGUCACGAUCCAGCUCACCCACCGCUGGACCCAGCACUGAAGGGGCUGAAGGCCCAGAAGAGAAGAAAAAGGUGAAGAUGCGCCGGAAACGGCGGCUUCCCAACAAGGAGCUGAGCAAAGAGCUAAGCAAGGAGCUCAAUCACGAGAUCCAAAAGACAGAGAGUACCUUGGCCCACGAGACCCACCAGCCCAUCAAGUCAGAGCCCGAAAGUGAGAACGAGGAGCCAAAGAGGCCCCUAAGCCACUGCGAGCGCCCCCACCGCUUCAGCAAGGGGCUCAACGGCACCCCUCGGGAGCUACGGCACCCACUGGGACCUGGCCUUCGCAGCCCACCUCGUGUUACGUCCCGGCCCCCACCCUCUGCGUCCCCACCUAAGUGCAUCCAGAUGGAGCGUCAUGUGAUCCGGCCGCCACCCAUCAGCCCUCCACCUGACUCGCUGCCCCUUGACGAUGGAGCAGCCCAUGUCAUGCACAGGGAGGAGUGGAUGGCAGUCUUCAGCUACCUCAGCCACCAAGACCUGUGUGUCUGCAUGCGGGUCUGCAGAACCUGGAACCGCUGGUGAGGGACAGCCCUGUGUAGG